GGGGCCCGGCCGGCAGGCGCGAGGGGCGGGGCGCGCGGUCCGAGGUGAGGAACCACGGGCUGCGGGCGGACAGCCGCGAGGGCGAGCGAGCCGGUCAGCAAGGGUCGUGCGCUGACCGAGGAGCCGCGCGCUGAGCCGCCGCCGCCGCCCCCGACCUCGGCCGGCCCCGGGCUCCGCGCCAGGAGGCGGCGGCCAGGCCGAGCCCCAAUCCCCCGUGCCCGGGGGAUCCCCGACGGUGACCCGCCCGGCGAGGGGCCAGAGGAGAAGGACGAGGAGGAAGGGCGGCCACACCGGAGACCCGGCAAUGGCGCUCGACUUCCUUGCUGGAUGCGCUGGGGGUGUGGCAGGUGUGCUCGUGGGACACCCAUUUGACACGGUCAAGGUGCGGCUUCAGGUCCAGAGCCCGGAGAAGCCUCAGUACCGAGGGACCCUGCACUGCUUCCAGUCAAUCAUCAAGCAGGAGAGUGUGCUGGGCCUGUACAAGGGCCUGGGCUCGCCCCUCAUGGGCCUCACCUUCAUCAACGCGCUGGUGUUCGGCGUGCAGGGCAACACCCUGCGGGCGCUGGGCCAGGACACGCCGCUGCACCAGUUCCUGGCGGGCGCGGCGGCGGGCGCCAUCCAGUGCGUCAUCUGCUGCCCCAUGGAGCUGGCCAAGACGCGGCUGCAGCUGCAGGACGCGGGCCCCGCGCGCCCCUACCGCGGCUCGCUGCACUGCCUGGCGCACAUCUACCGGCGCGAGGGCCUGCGCGGCGUGAACCGGGGCAUGGGCUCCACGCUGCUGCGCGAGACCCCCAGCUUCGGCGUCUACUUCUUGGCGUACGACGUGCUGACGCGCGCGCUCGGCUGCGAGCCCGGCGAGCCGCUGCUCGUGCCCAAGCUGCUGCUGGCGGGCGGCACGUCGGGCAUCCUGUCCUGGCUGUCCACCUACCCCGUGGACGUGGUCAAGUCGCGGCUGCAGGCCGACGGGCUGCGCGGCGCCCCGCGCUACGGCGGCUUCGUGGACUGCGUGCGCCAGAGCUACCAGGCCGAGGGCUGGCGCGUGUUCACGCGCGGCCUGGCCUCCACGCUGCUGCGCGCCUUCCCCGUCAACGCCGCCACCUUCGCCACCGUCACCGUGGUGCUCACGUACGCGCGCGGCCCCGAGGCCCGGCCGGACGGCGACGCCGCGCCCGCCGCUCCGUCGGGGCCUGGCCUGGCGCAGCCCUCCAGCCUGUGAGACGGGCGCCAGGGUCGCCAGCGGGCCUGGGCUGCCUGCCACGCGCGGGCGGGGGGGGGGGGGGGGGAGGCGGGGGUGCCCUUGGCCGCGCCCUUGACGUCCGCGGCGGUCUCCGCCCCGAGACAGGAAGCCUCCUGCGCCUCCUGCCCGCACUGUAUGGUCACCGAGCUCCGAGAGGACGGCGUGUCAGCGCGGAGCCUGGCGCUGUCACUUGGGGUCUCCGGGAGUCGCCACCGACUCUCCAGCCCUUGCCUGGGAUCCUGGCCGCCGCCACCGCGGGGUCUUCGAUGCUGCACCGAUGGGCCAUCCAGCGGCUAACCUCACAUCAUCCCCCUGGCAGAGCUCUGGGGGCACUCCUCGGCCACCUGUCCGGUCUCUGUAUUAGGGACGGAGAGGCAGCUCCGGGUGCCUCCUGGUGUCCCAGAACCCAGCACUCCGCUGAUGCACUCCAGCUUCUCCACGUGGCACAGAGGGGAGUGCCCCUGCUGGUGACCCCGUAGUAGCCUAGGGGCUGGCAUGGGGGACCAGGCAGGGGCCAGGGGGAGGGAAGCUCCGCGGUGAAAUCCAGCUGCGGGAGGGGAAGGCUGGUCGCCCCGCCGUCCUCAGGCUGCCCUUCUGUAAAAUGGGGACAUUGGUCAGCCACUGUGUGGGGCUCUGGCUGCUGGUUGGGGUUCCCCGAGCUGAGCUUGUGUCUCUUCAAGGACGUGGGCACAGGAGGACCGCCACUCCCCAGCAAAUGGUGUCUCUCCCAGGGAGUCUCCUCAUGCUUGGUGUUCCCAUGAGGCCACGAGGGAAGGGCCUGUUAGUGGACACGGUACAGCGUGGCCGUGUAUUUGCACAGGGAGGCGGAUGCUUUUGCACAAGUUGGAGGUGACUGUGGCCUCCCUUGCCCUGAGCAGGGCUCAGCCUGUUGGGCAGUGGGAUACGGUCUCCCAGGAGGGAGACUGGGGUCAAGGAAGACAAGACUCCUACCCUAUUCACGUGGUGUCGUUGUGUAGAACCCGCUGAAGGAAUAAAAUAUUCUUUGUUUUCUUAA